AUGGGAUGCUCUUAAGAAAAAACAAAUAAAACUCUACAACCUUAUAUGACAGAACCAAAUCUCAGGAUUAUGAUAGAUCAAGUAAAAAUCAUAUUUUAUUCUAGCUUUAAAAAUAUGCAAACCUCAACAAGGAAAAAUAAGCAAAUGAAGGUCUUUAAUGGGAACUUCAAUUAUAAUAAAUGCUGCACAAUACAUAAAGGGAUAAGGAUUUAGAAUAUUAAUUAUUUUCUAAAUUGUGUUAAAAACUUAAAUACUUAGAAACUAUGGAUUUUAUAAUUCUUCAUAGUUAAAUAUUAUUAGAUCAAACUCAUGUUAUUGUUAGAUCUCAGGGUCAAACCUAAUCGGUCUAACAUUUAAUAGUCUAUAUAGAAAGUAUUAUUUAUGCUUCAUAAAAAUUAAACUUUGAUAGAGCUCAAUAAUUUAAUAACUAUUUUUAAUUCUAUUUCAAAUUAGAUCCAAAUGAUUUAAAAAAAGUAAGUCCAGAAAUUAUGAAUUUGCAUAAAACACCAAUUCCAUCAAGUUCUGAAAUUAAUGAAUAUGUUAAGAAAUUUGCUCAAAAAUAUGGAUUUAGUUAAAAUCAAAUAAAUUUCGCUGGACAUUAAUUUUAAAUUGAAGAUUAAAAUCCUCCUUAAAAUUAAAUCUCUCCGAACUUUUAAUUUAAUAAUCAAUUGAAUUAUCCACCUUAAUCACAAUCACAGAUAUUGAAUAAUAAUCAAAAUGAUAAUAAUAAUAGAAAUAAUUAAUAAAAUAAUUUAGAAGGUAAUCCCUAUUAUUAAAUAAAUCCAAAUUUAUAAAAUCCAUAAAAUUAUGCUUUUAAUCUUCCUCCUCAUCUUUAACCAUAGAAACCUAACAUAAAAUUGAGCUUAGAUUAAAAGUAUGAAAAAAAAUGA